CCAGAUCUGAACAGCACCGAGGACAUGACGUCAUCAGUCGGAGACAAGUGCAGACGACCAGCGCAGAAGCACAUUAACAACAUUGUGAAAUUCUCAAAUUCAUCGUUGAGAGUUCGGGUUUUCUGAGCCGGGUUCUCAUUUGGACGAGUUUGUCUAUGAAGCCGAACUGGACUGAGUCGGUGUUGUAAAUUUGAAGCCUGUAAAAUGUCUGUUGUUUUUGUUCCCAAGCGGCAGCGCGGAAAAGCGCAAAUCAACCAGGAGACAAUUCAGAGGCUUCUUGAUGAAAAUGAUCAGCUGGUCAGAUGCAUCACGGAAUAUCUACAGAAGGGUCGAGCCACCGAGUGUGUGCAAUACCAACAGAUUCUGCACCGGAACAUUGUGUAUUUGGGAACGAUAGCUGAUGCCAGCACUGAAAUCCAGCCUGAUACGACUCCUGAAAUCAAAUCCCAUUAAACCAAAUUAAACAAAUCCAGCUAUAUUUUCACAUUUUGCCUUACAACAUUCAAGUAACGAAAAAAAAGCAACAGUUCCAAAACUUUAUAAAAGAUGAAAAGCGAUCCUACCCUGGACUUCACAGAGCUACCUUUUGCUUUAAUAACAGCCAUCAGUCUGUUUGGAUAUGUCUCUGUUAGCUUCACGCACUUAGAUUUGGGAAAAUGUGCCCAUUUUCCCUUGCAGAAUUGUUAGAGUUCAGUCAAAUUGCGGGGUGAGUCCACAGGCAGGGGCGGGGACAGAAGGGUGGCAGCUGCCACCCUAAAAAUGAGCUUUGCCACCCCAAGUCGGUCCCGCUCGCGUCUUGGAGACGUUGCACUACGGCUUAACCCGUCCGUGUUGCGCAUGGUCCAUAACAACGUUCCGGCACACCCACCACUCUGAUGUCUGGCAGGACACAGCGUUCCUCCUCGUUAAACGAAACUCCGCCAUAGACAAUCCCGCAGCCCCGUCAGACGAAUUUACUGGAUGCCACCCCUUACUCGACUCUUGCCACUCCGGGCAAAAAAUUCUGGACAUGCCCCUGUCCACAGGUUUUCUAUUGGAUUUAGGUCAGUGCUCUGAUUUAGCCACUCAAGGAUGUUGACCUUCCUAUCCGUAAGCCACUGCAUUGCUUUUUUGCAGUGUGUUUACGGUCAUUGUUUUUUUUUUGUCUUUUUCUCCCCAAUUUGGAAAGCCCAAUUCCCAAUGCACUCCUCGUGGUGGCGUAGUGACUCGCCUCAAUCCGGGUGGCAAAGGACAAAUCUCAGUUGCCUCCGCGUCUGAGACCGUCAAUCCAUGUAUCUUAUCACGUGGCUUGUUGAGCGUGUUACCGUGGAGACAUAGUGUGUGUGGAGGCUUCACGCUAUUCUCCGCAGCAUCCACGCACAACUCGCCACGUGCCCCACCGAGAGCGAGAACCACAUUAUAGCGACCACGAGGAGGUUACCACAUGUGACUCUACCCUCCCUAGCAACCGGGCCAAUUUGGUUGCUUAGGAGACCUGGCUGGAGUUUAGGGUCAUUGUUGUGCUGAAACCACAUGCCCAUCUUCAGUUGUCAAGCAAAGGGACACAGACUUUCCUCAAGAAUUCGGGUGUACAUGGCAGCAUCCAUUUUCCCUUCAAUCCUGACCAAUUGCCCAGUCCCCACUGAAGAGAAACACCCCCACAACAUAAUGUUGCCACCACCAUGCUUCACAGUAGGUAUGGUAUGUUCUGGGUGGUGUGCGGUGUUUGGUUCAGUCCAAAAAGUACAAUUUUUGUCAUAUCUGACCAUAAAACCUUUUGCCACAUGGCAUCAGGAUCCUCCAACAAGAGUUUUCCAGAAGAGGCUUCUUUCUUGCCACCCUGCCAUACAGGCCAGCUUUGUGUAAAGCUUGGGAGAUUGUGGUCACAUGCACAGACCGAUUAUUCUCAU